UGUGAACCUGAACUGUUCAAAACACCUCUUCUUCCACGCGCGCCCUCUCCCUCUCUUCUCUUGUGACGACCCACCGAUUUCCCUUCAAAUAUAAACCCCUUCCCCGCAACCCCAUUUCAUUUCAAGCUCAAAUUUUCAAAUACCCCUGUUCAUUUCUCUUAAAACCGACCCAAAUGGCUGAUCCCAGAGUUUCUCCGACGCCUCUGCUGAAGGAUGAGCUCGAUAUCGUCAUACCCACCAUCCGAAACCUCGAUUUUCUGGAGAUGUGGAGGCCAUUUUUCCAGCCUUACCAUCUAAUCAUUGUUCAGGACGGUGACCCUUCGAAGGUCAUUAAGGUCCCAGAGGGGUUCGAUUACGAGCUCUACAACCGGAAUGACAUCAAUCGGAUUCUGGGUCCUAAAGCUUCUUGCAUUUCCUUCAAGGAUUCUGCCUGCCGCUGCUUCGGCUACAUGGUCUCCAAGAAGAAGUAUAUCUACACCAUUGAUGAUGACUGCUUUGUUGCAAAAGAUCCAUCCGGCAAGAACAUCAAUGCACUUGAGCAGCACAUUAAGAACCUUCUUUCCCCGGCUACACCGCACUUCUUCAACACCUUGUACGACCCCUAUCGCGAGGGGGCAGACUUCGUCCGUGGAUAUCCGUUUAGUCUCCGUGAGGGUGUCCCGACCGCAGUGUCCCAUGGCCUGUGGCUCAACAUCCCGGAUUAUGAUGCACCCACCCAGCUUGUUAAGCCUCUUGAGAGAAAUACAAGGUAUGUAGAUGCAGUCUUGACAAUUCCAAAGCCAACCCUCUUCCCCAUGUGUGGUAUGAAUCUGGCAUUUGACCGCGAGCUGAUCGGGCCAGCGAUGUAUUUCGGUCUCAUGGGUGAUGGUCAACCCAUUGGACGCUACGACGAUAUGUGGGCUGGCUGGUGCAUGAAGGUUAUAUGCGACCAUCUAGGGUUUGGAGUGAAGACGGGAUUGCCCUACAUUUGGCACAGCAAAGCAAGCAACCCAUUUGUGAACCUGAAGAAGGAAUACAAGGGAAUCUAUUGGCAAGAAGAACUGAUUCCAUUUUUCCAAGCUGUUAAGCUCCCAAAGGAAUGCACCACCGUGCAGGAAUGCUACAUUGAACUCUCCAAGCAAGUUAAAGCAAAACUCAAUGGUGUCGAUGAAUACUUCGGCAAGCUUGCCGAUGCCAUGGUCACUUGGAUUGAAGCAUGGGACGAGCUGAACCCAUCAGGCGGUAACAGUAAGGCUGCCAAUCUGCCAAAUGGUGCCUAGGACGGAGUAGCUCCCCAAUUCGAGUUAUCGAUACAUCUCGGCAGGUUUCACCAUCGUUACCAGGCUUAGCAUGCAUUUGUUUCAAAACUGAGAGUAUUGGUGUAGAAGUAUGGUAGAGAAUGUAGUAAAAUUCAGUUGUCAGUAUGAGCCUAGCCACAGUAAAAGAAAAUGAUUUCAUAUUUAUAUCUUUUAAUUUGAUGAGCAUUAGCUAUAUUUCAAACUGGGAUUGUUGCUGGGAGAUUCAAAUGAUUAUUUAAUUUUGUUGAAGAAAUUUGGUUUA